AAUCUAAUUUGCUCGUGAGCGAGCCACAUAAAUAUGCAAUAGGUUGGGUAGAGUCCACAAACAAAUCCAUAAAUUUUCCUUUGGAUCCCAACAUGAAUUUUAUUUGUUAAAAUAUAGAUUCGAUUCUGGGAGCCGAUAGAAUCGUAAUAAGUCUAGAAGCACUGACAAAAUUGUAAUCUUCCUUUGUUCGCCGUUUCAGCGAGCCGGAUUCCGCCGGCUGCGUGAAUCCUAUCCGGCGACGGCCACAACAUAACGCCGGGGAAGUUGUGCGAGGCAUUGGCAGCCCGGGCUCACUCACUUCACUGUCCGACUCCUUUCUCCCGACCCAACCGCCACUGAUUCUUUUGAUCCUCCCCUGGCGAAAGCCCUCCCAGUAGCAGUAGCGAUCGAGAAGGAAGCAGACGGUAGAAGGAGAAAAUGUCCGACCAAAUCCCUCCAGAUCCCCUCCCUCCUUUCCCCACCUCCUUCUCCCAAAUCCCUUCUUUCUUCCCUCAACCAAACCCUAACUCUAAUCCAGACCCUAACCCUGAUUCUAACAUCCACCUCCAAAUCUCCUUCCAAGGCAAGCGCAAGCGCACCGGCGUCCGCCGCAAGGCCUCCCAGCUUCCCUUCCUUCACCCCACUCCCCCUCCCCCUUCUUUCCCCGCUCCACCGGUGGCCGGCGAUCCCAAUCCCAUCAAGAACCUGCCUGAGAACCCCAACCUCGCCGCCGACAUCUCUGAGGAGAUCAUCGUCAUCAACAAGGAGGCCACAACCGAGGCCCUCACCGCCCUCACGGCUGGCUUCCCCGCUGACUCCCUCACCGAGGAGGAGAUCGAGGCCGGCGUCGUUUCCUCCAUCGGCGGCAUCGAGCAGGUAAACUACAUCCUCAUCCGCAACCACAUCCUCUCCAAAUGGCGCGAGAACGUCUCGAAUUGGCUCACAAAGGAGAUCUUUUCCUUUUUGAUUCCGCCCCACUGCGAGACCCUCUUGAAUUCAGCGUACAAUUUCCUCGUUUCGCAUGGGUACGUGAACUUCGGGAUCGCCCCGGCGAUCAAAGAGAAGAUUCCGGCGGAGCCAACGAACCCAAAUGUGAUUAUCAUCGGAGCUGGGCUGGCGGGGUUGGCUGCCGCGAGGCAACUGAUGAUAUUUGGAUUUAAAGUUGUCGUCUUGGAGGGGAGGAAGAGGUGUGGGGGGAGAGUGUAUACAAAGAGAUUGGAGGGGUCUAACAAGUUUGCUGCUGCUGAGUUGGGUGGGAGUGUCUUGACAGGGACGCUUGGAAACCCGCUUGGGAUCAUUGCCAAACAGCUGGGUUCAACGCUUCAUAAGAUCAGAGAUAAGUGCCCCUUGUAUAGGCCUGAUGGAAAGCCAGUGGAACAGGAGAUAGAUAUCAAGGUGGAGAAUGCCUUCAACCGGCUGUUGGACAAGGCGAGCCGGCUGAGGCAGUGUAUGGGAGAGGUUGCGAUGGAUGUGUCGCUUGGGGCUGCUUUGGAGACCUUCCGGCAGGUGUAUGGAGAUGCUGUGACUGAAGAAGAGAUGCAAUUGUUCAAUUGGCACUUGGCGAAUUUGGAGUAUGCAAAUGCUGGGCUGCUCUCCAAGCUCUCACUAGCAUUUUGGGACCAGGAUGAUCCUUAUGAUAUGGGUGGAGACCACUGCUUCUUGCCUGGAGGGAAUGGGCGGCUGAUUCAGGCUCUGGCUGAGAAUGUUCCAAUCAUUUAUGAGAAGACUGUGCAUACGAUCCGUUAUGGUGGAGAUGGAGUGCAGGUUGUUGCAGGUGGGCAGGUUUAUGAGGGGGAUAUGGCAUUGUGCACAGUACCACUAGGAGUUUUGAAGAAUGGGUCCAUAAAAUUUGUACCAGAGCUGCCUCAGAGGAAGCUUGAUGGGAUAAAGAGGUUGGGGUUUGGCUUGUUGAAUAAGGUCGCCAUGCUAUUCCCUUAUGUUUUCUGGAGCACAGACCUUGAUACAUUUGGGCAUUUGUCAGAUGAUCCAAGUCGUCGAGGGGAGUUCUUUUUAUUCUAUAGCUAUGCUACAGUAGCUGGUGGUCCACUCUUAAUUGCAUUGGUUGCAGGGGAAGCAGCACAUAACUUUGAAAGUAUGCCUCCAACAGAUGCUGUGACAGUAGUUCUUCAGAUUCUAAGAGGUAUCUAUGAACCACAAGGAAUUGAAGUUCCAGACCCCCUCCAAAGUGUUUGCACUAGAUGGGGUACUGACUCCUUCAGUUUAGGUUCCUAUUCUCAUGUUGCUGUGGGAGCAUCGGGAGAUGACUACGAUAUUUUAGCAGAAAGUGUUGGAGAUGGCCGGCUCUUUUUUGCUGGUGAGGCCACCACGAGGCGUUACCCUGCAACCAUGCAUGGUGCUUUCAUCAGUGGCCUGCGAGAAGCUGCUAAUAUGGCUCACCAUGCUAAUGCUCGAGCACUGCAAAUAAAAGUGGAAAGGAGCCCAUCAAAGAACACUCAAACAUGUGCUGCACUUCUAGCAGAUUUGUUUCGGGAACCUGAUAUAGAAUUUGGAAGCUUUUCUGUUAUUUUCGGCCGCAAAUCAUCUGAUCCCAAAUCUACAGCAAUCUUGAGAGUUGCAUUAGGUGGUCCAAGAAAGAAGAGUAGUAAUGAGGGAACAAAAGCAGACCAACAGCAUUCAAAUAAGUUGCUAUUUCAGCAGCUCCAAUCACAUUAUAAUAAUCAGCAGCAGCUUCAUGUCUACACGUUGUUAUCUCGGCAACAGGCUAUGGAGUUAAGAGAGGUGAGAGGAGGGGAUGAGAUGAGGCUACAUUAUCUGUGUGAAAAGCUUGGCAUAAAGUUGGUUGGUAGAAGAGGUCUGGGUCCAGCGGCUGAUUCUGUUAUUGCUUCCAUCAAGGCUGAGAGGAGCAACCGUAGAACCAAUUCAGUUUCAUUAGACUGAAUGAGAUAUAUGAACAAGAGUUUCAUCCCUUGGUGGCCAUACUGGUUCAGAAACAAAAUCAUCAUUGGACAAGCUAAGCUGAUCUCCUCUUAUGUCUUGCUGUUGAGUGUUGCAGUCAAAUUCUAAACAUCUAUCUCGUUGCUUCCAACACAUGAAGCAUCGUUCUUCCGCUUGCAGCCAAUGUGAAGAUCAUCAAUGAGAUUAGAUUGUUGAAGCUCUAAUAUGCAUCUCCAGCUAGCUGAUGCUAUUUCUAAUUGCUUAAUUGAAAUCAAGUCAUUGGUCCUUUGGAAGUCGAAGCUGCUUGUUAAGAUUCAUAUUUUGUUCAACAGCAUGCUUUGUUCUACAUUGGCCCAUAGGAGGCAUUGAAGCUGACGUAUGUAUAAAGUUGCAAAGGAUGAUAAUCAUAAGUUAAUAUAAGGGGUUAUUGUGACUUUCUAAAGACC